AUGGAACACCAAUCCCACGCCAUCGCCGCCGGAAUUUGUGGCAGUCUAUCCUCAUCCCAAACACCCUCCAGCUCAUCCAAGCCAAAGUCCUCACACAGCAACAACACCACAAGCCAAUACUUCAAACACUUCUCCGGCCAAACCGCCAGCACAAACACCAUCCUCGCCGCCUCCCUCAAGAAACAGUACCCCAACCUCAAACUAUCCGUCCUCUCCGGCGGCAUCGACCUCCUCGGCUUCGCGGCCAGCGGACACGCCAAAUGCACGCCCCUCGACGACGACGCCGCCAACACUUCGCUCCCGUCCUCCGUCACCGUCGACUACUACUACCCGCCUGCGCGGAGGAUAGGCGGCGGCAACGGCGUCGUCGCGCAGAACAUCCAGUUCGGCAAGUUUCUGUACGAGUGGAACCGCGACGACUACAUCGUGUACAUUGCGCACGGGCUGGACGGCGACUCUGGCCUCAACAGCUACACCUUUACGUAUGUCCUGUCGAGCGAAGAGCGCAAGUCGGACGCGCUCGUCAUCGCCGCGGGGAAGUGGACUAGUACUCUGCACGAGGAGAUUUGGGUCUUUGACGGCGGGUACUGGUCGAAGAAUGCGGCGCUGUACCAGAGCGUCAUGAAGGCGUCGUGGGAUGCGGUCAUUUUGGACGCCAAGAUGAAGAAGGACUUGAUUAAUGACCACUUGUAUUUUUUCCAGUCGAGGGAUACGUAUCAGCGGCUGAAGGUGCCGUGGAAGAGGGGCAUUAUCUACUACGGUCCUCCGGGGAAUGGGAAGACGAUAUCGAUCAAGGCUAUGAUGCAUACGCUGUAUGAGAUGGAGCCUGAGAUUCCUACUCUAUACGUGAGGUCUCUCUCUUCGUUCAUGGGUCCCGAAUACUCCAUCAAGUCAAUCUUUGCGCAAGCACGCCAAUUCGCACCAUGUUAUCUCGUCUUUGAAGACCUCGACUCCCUUGUAUCCGAUUCCGUGAGGAGUUACUUCCUCAACGAAGUAGACGGCCUCAAGGACAAUGACGGCAUCUUCAUGAUUGGCAGCACAAACCACCUGGAGCGUCUCGACCCAGGCAUCUCUAAACGCCCCUCCCGCUUCGACCGGAAAUACCUGUUCCCAAACCCGAACCUCCAUGAACGCAUCGCCUACUGCCACUUCUGGCAGUCCAAGCUCAAGGACAAUAAGGAGAUCAUCUUCCCGGACAAGUUGUGUGACGCUAUUGCCGGCAUCACGGACAAGUUCAGCUUUGCGUAUAUACAGGAGGCGUUUGUGGCGGCUUUGCUGGCCAUUGCGAGGGACGAGAAGCCAGAGGGGAUUGUGACGGCGAUGGAUGUGCUGACGAUUGAUGCGGCGGAUGACUGGGUGGAGGUUGUGGAUGGUUCGGGUGGUGAGGACCCCGAGCUUGAGAAGCUGGUGCUUUGGGUUGAGAUUCGGAAGCAGGUUAAGAUUUUGAGGGAGGGAUUGAAUCAGGGUGAUGGGGAGGGUGAGUCGGAGGCGGUGGAUGUGGAUUUGUAG